GACAACUGCGUUACAAUGUCUGGAGUAUGGUUAUAAUCUAAGUUGGCUUCUAAGUUUCUGGGCUUUUAAUGGGCGCAAGGUAUUCUAAAAAGCGUCACAAGCCUCGUAUAAGCAAAUCCCAGAUCCCUUGGCUUCUACGCGGAGCUAUAAGAAGCAAUAAUGUUGGUACUCUUCAAUAUCUCUUCAGCUAUCCUAAUGGUGUAGAUCCAAGUAUGGUCAUCGAUGGAGUUUGUCCACUCAAUUUGGCGGUUGAAUUAGGUUAUUUACAAAUGGUCAAAAUACUCAUUAAAGCAGGUGCAGAUAUUUAUGUUGCCGAUGCUCCUCGAUACCCACUUCAUCAAGCAAGUUUGUAUGGCCGUGCAGAUAUUGCUGAACUGCUCAUACGAUCCGGUGCAUCUGUAUCAGCGCUUACGGAACGGAGACAGUCUUGUUUACAUUUGCUGGCACAUCAAACUGCUCAACGUUAUGUUGAUACUGCAAAAAUUCUAUUGAAAUAUCAUGUGAAUCCAAAUACAUUGGAUGAUGAUGGUCUUGCACCUUUACAUCGAGCAUCAGUUGAAAUCGUUGAAGUUUUAGUUGCAGUAAGUUUAUAGCAUUACAUUUCGAUGGUAUUUUCCUCCUACUGUACUGGAUUUUUUAUAGACAAAUAUUCUUUUAGUAUUAGAAAGAAAAAUUUGUAACGGGUUGUUCGUCUCUUGGCGAGAAUUUAUAUUUCAAAGUUCUAAUGAGAGGCUGAAACCAUUGUGAGAGUGAAACAAGUAUUACCAAUACUUAAUUGCUGGUAGUAACGAAUAGACUGACUAUAAACGCUAGUCAUCCGUAACAUGGUCGUGAGUACUUAUCAGGAAGCUGUUCAAUGCUUCUUGGUUUUUUAGUGUUGUAUAGCUAGUCCGUUAUAUGAUGUAAGCUAUUUUUUUGCAAUGAUGCAGCUGUGUAUCUCAGGAGUAUGCUCUUGAUUAUGCUGAGUUUUGUGAAGCAAAUGUUUCAGUUUUGAAGUUCUGUUUAUAUUUCUAAACAUCAUAAGCUUUACGAACUUCAAAAAAUAAAUGAUCUGCUGUAUAAUCGGAGCGAAUUUUAUUGAGCGUUAAUGGUCUCAGCGUCUUUGUUUGCUUUUUAGCAAAUAGUUCAUACUUGGAAUGGUAGUAAAGAUCUAUAUUUCAGUAUAAUGAGAUGAGAUUGACUACAUCCAGUAUUUUAAACAACUAUUGUUGUUUUAUGUAAAUGAGCUCAGUGCUCAGUGUCGAUUAAGAUUAUAUGUUUCUUUAUAAUAUCCUUUUGAUUUGGAAGCAUGAAACGACUGAUGUCAAUAUAUGUAGUCGUGAUUUGGAUACACCUUUAUUAACCGCCGUCAAAGAUCGUAGAGAAUUAAUUUUAAUUGCUCUUAUACGAGCAGAUCAACAAUUUCGUGAACAACAUCGAAAAAACAACACUACUACUAGUACAGUGGCAACGACGACAACUGCAACUACAUUAGAAACUCAAUCAAGUGAUGGACAAUGUCGUGUUGUAACGUCAGCUUUUCGAACACCAUCUUCAAAAUCAUCAAAUUCUGCAUCAUCUCGAUUUACACUUGCUUCAGCGACAAGUACAAUUUUUCGUGGUAUCAUUCCAAAUGAUUGUAUUGUACCACCACGUGCUUCAUCUGCAGCUUCAGUGAAUCUACAUUCAAUAUUCAAUGCAAAUCAUUCAAAACCAUUGAAUAUAGAUCGUCAUAUUUUAUCAUCACAAUUAUUACGAAUGAAACCAAUGAAAGUUUUAGAUGAUCAUGAUACUGAAUUAGAAUGUGAUACAAAUAGAAUAAAUAUACGUUCAUGUAUUUUAAGAUUAAGUGGAAAAAAUCACAUAUAUUUAAAUUCUGAAUCAAAUGGUUUUACGGAUAGCGGUGAUUCACAAUGUAUUGUUAAAUCAACUUAUAGUGGUAAUUCUAAUUUAACACAUACUAUUGUACGUAAACCAGAAAAUUGUCAACGAUGUCAUAGUGUAGGCAAUCCAAGUGAUGUGGCUCGUUGGUGGCAAAGUUGUGAUCGAGUUCAACGUAUACUUGGUAAAACUACACUCAUCAAUACCAGUAAUAAUAAUAAUAGUAAUAAUAUUAAUAAUCCAACAUCACAAACAACACAACUUCCACUCAAUCUUAAAAAUGGUCAGCAGUCGAAUACUGGUACAAUACGACCACGUUUAGAUAUAGAUCGACCAGAUAAGAUUGGUAUGACACCUUUAAUGAUUGCAGCAGAAGCUGGUUCAAGUGGUUUGAAUAUGGCGAUAGCUUUAGUAAAUGCUGGUUCAAAUCUUUCGCUCACUGAUAAAGUCGGUAUGACCGCUUUACAUCAUGCAUGCUAUGUUGGCUCAUUAAAUAUGGUACGUUAUCUUAUGGAACGUGUCCAUCCAAUAUCUUGUAAUAAUGCGACGACGACAACCACAACAACUAUUUGUACUACUACGGCGACGACGACGGCCACCACUGCAUCAAUUCCAAAAACUAACAAUCUAUUGAAUGGUUCCAAUGCUCGUUUGUCAUGUCUUCUUUCUACAUCGAUUAUAUCAUCAUUAAAUGCACCUGGAUCAAUAUGUCCUACUAACAAUAGUAACAGUAACAUAAAUGUCCAGUCGUCAAUGGUAGGAUCAGCACCACCACCACUAACUACAAGUCGUCUUUCAAAUCCUGAAUUAAUAAAUACUCAAGAUAAAUAUGGUCGAACUUUAAUUUAUCUCGCUGCAUGUCGUGGACAUAGUGAAGUUGUCAAUUAUUUAUUAUGUCAUUCAGCUGAUAUACAUAUUACUAAUAAAGAAAAUAAAUCCCCUUUAUAUAUUAGUGCUUAUUUUGGUUAUUUGGAAAUAACCAAUGCCUUAUUACGUCAUGGUGCACAGGUUGAUCAAAUGGAUUCACAUCGAAAAACUCCACUGUAUGUAGCUACUUAUCAUGGACGAUCAGAAAUUGUCGAUCUUCUAUUAGCAGCCGGUGCUAAUGUUAAUGCAGCUGAUAAAAAUGGUAAAACUCCACUAUAUGUUGCUGUAUUACAUGGACAUUUAGCAUUAGCACGUAAAUUAUUAGAUGCUGGUGCAUCAGUUAAUCGUGUAGAUCGUGAAGGUCUUGGUCCUUUACAUAUGGCAGUUAAAUUUCCUAAAUUAGAUAUACCUAUGGUAAAACUAUUAUUAAAUUAUGGAUGUGAUCCAGUAAAUUUAGCAAGUUUUACACGUUGGUUAUUAGUACAUGGAAUAAUUCCUGAAGAAUGUAUUCAUGGUGAUGAUGAAUUAGCUCAAUGGUUACGUUGGGAAGAAUGUAAUGUACAUUCAUUAAAACAUAUUUGUCGUGUAGUUAUACAACGUGCACUUGGUUAUGCUGAUUCAUUAAGAAUUAAAGCAAAUCGUUUACCUUUACCAGAGCAUUUAAUCUCUUAUGUAUCAAUGAAACAAUUAUAAUGAUUAAUAUCUUACAUUGUUUGUUUGUUUGUUUGUUUUUUUUCACCUGACUUCCUUAAUCAUCACCAAUUAUUCGUACUCAUUUCAAUUUUCUCCUUUCACCUCCCUCCCUCCCUUCCCUUCACCCCUCUCUCUCUCUAUCUCUCUCUCGGUUCUUCUAGAUUUUUAUCAGCAUUGCAUUUAUUCAUGGAAAAUUUAUUUUAAUGACUUUGUUUUUACAGAAUAUCUUAACAACUGAUCUAGAUAAUAAUAAUACUAGGUUAUUUAACAAUAAUAAUGAUUAUGAUUACUAUUAUCAAAUCUAUAGUGGUAUUUUUGUGUGGAGGGGAGGCGGAAGGGAGGGGGGCAAUGCUUGUCUGUGAUCAUAUGAAACCUUUUUUUUUAAAAAAAAACAUUUUCUUGUUUUCUCAACAACAACAACAAAAAAUAAUAAUUAAUUGCACUUCGCUUCAUUGUGUAUUGAGACAAUUGGAAAGGAUUACCAAUAAUGAUAGAGAUGAAUGGUGAAUGCUGAUCAGUCAGUCAAUCAGUUGGUUAGUCAGAUACAACGUAGGAUCAAGCACAUAUAUACAUCGAUCCAAGUUGUCAUACCUGAUGGGCGACCUAUACUCUUUCAUGAAGGGUAAAUAAUGAUAGAGUAAGUAUUUGGUUAACUGUUAAUUCACUCUAUCAUGAUACAUAUAUCUAUAUCUAUUCAAUUGUUUGUAUAAUGGGUAUGGUACCAAUUUUACAUUUCUAUGUUUGUUUGGUUUUCUUGUUAAAUCCAAUGUAUUUCUUUUUGUAAUGCUUAUUUACUUGUGUUUAGUAUUUCAUUUGAAUAUUUUGACUUUAUUUUGUGUGGUUGUGUGUGUGUGUUUGUUUGUCUAUAUGUUGAUGAUCAUUUGCCUUGUUAGUGUUUUAUCACCUUUCUUUUCAGUUCUUUUUUGUUCCUUGUUUAGUUAUCAUUUUUAUGAUACUUUAUAACAAUUUAGAGAUCAAGUUUUUUUUUUGAAUUUUUAUUGUCAAGUGUUAUUGUUGCUAAUGAGAAUUGUGUGUAUGUGUCAGCUCAAUUGAUGUAAAUGGUGAUUAGUGAGUAAUAAUAAUAAUAAUGUAAAUGAAAUACCAACAAAAUGUACACGUUAGUUCCCUAUUACUUGACCUCGGAUAAUUAGAAUUAUUCAAGGGAUUGUAUAAAUUAUCACAUCUU